CCAAUCAAAUCGGUUUUCGCUUUCGAACGAAGCAGACACGGACACGGUCGUCUCGUCGGUGGUUGGCUUGGUGGCAGAUCAGCGCAGUGAGUGAGCGGAAGAAAGUUUUUUUUGCGUUUAGUUGAGGAUCUCCCGGAGGUUCCUUCGCGGUGCAUAAUAUUCGUGUUCCCGUGACCCUUGUCGUCGUCUUCGAACUACUCUAGUGCCGAAGGAAGUGAAAAGUGCAACGGUGUCGUUUCCGAUUUUGACCUAAGGUGAGAAGAUUGGUGUUUUUUUUUCUCGACCGAUUCCUUGCUGGGGUGGCAGUUUUGGUGCGUUGUGUGGAAAGAAGGUUCACGCAGUCAUCCGAGGGAAGGAAAAGAAAAAUAUUCGGCAGAUUCGCGUCCAAGGAAAGUGUGCGGAGAUCACGUUGGUCAGGAUGAACCGACGGCGAUGAUGACGACCAUGACGCUGAUGGCUGGUGUGAAGUAGUAGUCGAGCAGCACGCUGGCAGGUGAAAGAAGAAGACCACAAGUUCAUCUCAACGCAAGAUAAGUGAGAUAUUAUAAUUACACCCGCAACCGAGCAAGUGUUCAAGAGAGGAACCGUGAAGACUGAAUGCAUUUUUGACGAAUUUGCGCUAAUCAGCAGCAGCAGUGAUAUUACCUCACAAGUGUGUUACCUCGUCGCGUGAUCCUGAGAGAUAGCGCGGUAUAGUGUAGUGUUUGUUCAGUAGAGUGCGUCUCGGAAACAGGCCUGGAAAUAGUGCAAAUUUACUCGGAAAGGGAGAAGAAAAAAAAAACAACCGGCAAAAUGUCCAAGAAACCUACGGCGGGACCAGCGCUGCACAAGGUCAUCAUGGUGGGCAGCGGAGGCGUUGGCAAAUCGGCACUCACACUACAGUUCAUGUACGACGAGUUCGUGGAGGACUAUGAACCGACCAAGGCGGACAGUUACCGGAAAAAGGUGGUCCUCGACGGCGAAGAGGUACAGAUCGACAUUCUGGACACGGCCGGCCAGGAAGACUACGCAGCCAUUCGCGACAACUACUUCCGCAGCGGUGAAGGGUUCCUGUGCGUGUUUUCAAUCACCGAGGACGACAGCUUUCAGGCGACACAGGAGUUUCGGGAACAGAUAUUGCGCGUGAAAAACGACGAAAAUAUCCCAUUUCUGCUCGUCGGGAACAAGUGCGACCUGAACGACAAACGGAAGGUGCCGCUGGCCGAGUGCCAGGGCCGUGCGCAGCAGUGGGGAGUGCCAUACGUCGAAACGUCGGCGAAGACGCGCGAGAAUGUCGAUAAGAUUUUCUACGACCUGAUUCGGGACAUUUCCAACCGCAAGAAGAAGAGCCAGGAGACGGUGCAGCAACCGAAGCGGGAGAAACAUCACUGUUGCCAGUUGCUCUAGAAACCAGGCGUUUGGAUAACUGCGACUACAGGCUUGGGAUUAUUUAAGUCUUGAAAGCAUUCUCCGUGCACGGAUGGGCAGGAUAUUGCGCCGUUGCACCUCUAUCAUCAUCAUAGUCAUAAUACACUUUUUAUAUUUUAGUCAACUCGUCGUUGUCGUGUAAGCAAUAAGGCAAAUCAAGAAAAACACAAUUUUCACAUUUAUGGUUUUAUAUCGUUGUACAAAAUUUAUCGGAAAUUUUCGCUUUGCAUGCUUACUUUUUCGUUUUUACGCAAUCGGAGCAUUUGCAAAACCGAUACCUCACUCGUUCGGUAGGAAGGUGAGUUGGAGAGACAGUCGAAGGAACAAAUCAAACUGAAUGCAUCAUAUAAAACACAAUUAGGAAUAUCACAAUAGUCCAGCAUCAUCAAAAAAACCAAUAAGCUUAAGGUCGAAUCAAACAAAAAUAAAGCAGUGAAACACAAUACCUGGGAAUGCAAAACCGUCAAAGAUAUUAUCAGGAAUCAAUGCCACUGUUUUCCAACAACAACAACAAAAAAGCGUUGGUUAAAAAAUCUGAGAAAAUACAGUGUAUGCAAGGCGUUUUCUUUGGGUUUGUUUGCUAUGAAAAAUGAUAUAAAUGAAAAAAAGAAACAAUCUCUUACAAAAUACAAACUGGAAAAUCAAUAAAGACAGCAUUGAAUUGAAUAACA